AUGCUUACUCGCCCACUUAGAACGGUGACAACUGACCAUGAUGGCGGCGUGCAUAAAUGCGCGGGUGAGAAGCGCGAGCCCCGGUCAACUGCAUCGGGGUGGAACGUCGGAGGCAGUGGGUCGCCCGUAGACGACCAGCCAGACGACUUGAUCAAGAGGCUUCGAGAUCCUGCUGCGCGUCGAGAUUUCAAAACUCUCUCCCUCUUCGGCCCUCACGGGGUUGGAUGUCAGAUCACGGCGAAGGAUGCGCUAACUACCGCAGACGGGAAGUAUCUCGCCGACACCAUCGUGGACUUCCACAACAUGACACUGCUCAUGAUUCACGAGACGCAGCUGCCAACAGACAACCCUGGCAAGGCUGCUGCGAUGGUGCGGGAAGCUGAGCACAUCGUCAUACCGAAAGAGGUGAUUCCGCAGCAGACCAACGACAAGGAUUGUGGGGUUUUUGUGUGCAUGUACAUGAAAGCUCUCGUGAGGUCGGAUUUCACCACGGUUCGCAAGUGGGUGUCAUGCGACGGUGUUACAGCGAAAGACUUCAGACGCGGCAUGCGCGCCGAUGUAUGCAGUCUCGCCGCUGGAGAGCUGAUGGUGCAACUGCUAAUGGAGGGGGUUGUGGUGCCCCUUCAGCCGAUUCCAGUAGUCGGUGACCAGGGGGUGCUGCUGUUCCCAAGGGGAGAUGACGUGCGCCUGGAACUGGCACGGCUAUCGCGUGAUCGAACCAACAUGGAGCUGGACGGGUUCGUAAUGGCCUCGGCGAUCACGAGCAUAGCCAGGGCGUUGGGGUACAACCUAAAUGAGCUCCGGGCAGCAUGUGCUCACGAGCUGGGCACGUGUGGGACGCCUCUUCUCGUACGAUCACAUGCGGCUGAGAACUUGGCAGAGCGUCAGGCCUGCAAGGAGAUGCUGGCCGAUAUGCUGCACGAGAAGCCAGAGCCUCUACCUCCUUCCCCCGCGAUAUGGUCCCACAAACAUCAGGAUGAGACCGACGCGGCCCUCAAGGCGCGCAUAGAAAGCACGGAGAUGAACGGCCCGAACACACCUGAUACCUCACCAGGGAAGGGUCAGGUCGGUGAGAUGCGAAAGACACGGUCUGCAGCGGCGAGGGCAAAAGCGGGUGCUGGCAUAGGGGAGAAGAAGAGGGGUGGCACGAGCGAGUACACUGGAGUCUGGUUUGAGACGCGUGUCAGGAAGUGGUGCACAAAGUUAACGGCCGAUCCGAGCACAUGCCGUCAGGUUCGGCUGGGCGCAUACCAGAGGGAGGAGGACGCGGCUUACGCUUACGCCGCUGGAGCAUUCGUGAUACGGAGGAAGGACACCUUUCCCAAGGUCAUGGAACUGAACGCGGGUGAGAUGGCUGCGCUUGAGGGGUGCAUUGAGGAUGACGUGCGUCACCUCGUGCAUAAACGGCAGUGGUAUCGGUGGAGGGAAUGGCGGAAGGCAAUGGAUGACAUAGGGGUCAAGCCAGGCACACCUUUUGAGCUGGAGAAGAGUGGCAAGGCGAACUCUCAGGCUCCCCGCCACGGCAAUAGUGUGGUCGCACCUGGCGAAGCGGGUAAUGCGGAUGGGGAGAGCGUAGAAGGUUCCCCUGGAGCAGGGUCGGAUGCGUCCUCCCCGGAGCCCAACCCGACCGACGCACGUGAGGGCGAGAGCUCCGCGUCGCGUGGUACUGCGACGCUUCGGCGGAAGGAAGGACCGUGCGCGUCUGUUGGUAAUGGGAGCAAGGCUAGGCCCGAAAAGCGUCGCAAAGUAUCGGACCUGCCUGGUGCGGAGGAAGAGGCGGACGCGCCGCCACCGGAACCCGAGCCCGAGUCAAGCGAUGACGACCCGAACGAAGCGCUUCCGCGUGUCAAUGCUGCUGCCGACGACGACGCAGAGGAGACUAAUGAGGAACGCUCUGACUCGGCCCCUGUUACGAGGGUGGAGUUUGACGCUAUGCGCAAAACCCAACAGGACACGGCUGUGACCCUUGCGAGGCUCGAGACGGCGCUGUUGGCGUCUCUUGCCAACCACACUGCAAAGAAGCGGAAGAGCGACAACGCGCGAGUCGAUUGCGAUAGGGCGACGAAUGCAAGGAAGGGGCGUCGCGUUGCAACGCCGGAAGAGUCCGAACUGGACGAGGACGAGGAGAUAUGCGAGCAGUUGCGUGUGCAUCUCUUCAUCGCGGCGGACAGCAAGUCCAUGACGUUCUACCCGUGCAGCGCGGCAAAGACGGCAGCUUUGUGCGCCGUCAUCGAGAACCUGCCCCUCCCUUUCUCCAGUCUGGCUCUGGCGGCAGACAAGGCUAGGCGCUCCGACCUCAACCGCACACUGAGCGACUGGAAGACGGCGGCUGCUGGACGCGUGCGCGACAUUGCGCUGCCGAAGCUGGGGCUUUUCCGCGACGAACGGGACGCGCGAAGCCCGUGGGCGGCACCUAGGGCACGUUCGGCGGCGAGGGUCCGGGAGCGACUUGCGUUGACGUUGGAUGGGGAGGGUAAGUCACAUUUUGAAAUGCACCGCAGGCCUCGUAUGAUCAACGGCACUGUGACGCUGAAGCUGUACCACAUGGCGUGGCUCGAGCACGUGGUGACGGAUGCCAUCCGCUUCUGGGAAACGCGCAAGGGAAGGCUAUCCAACUCUGCGGGUGUCAACGCGCAGAUCGUGGACGGGCUCCGCGAGUGUGCACUGACGGACGUUAUGGCGGCGGUCGAUGAGUUCCAGCCGGCGUACGACGCGCCCACUUCAUCGUGGGCAUGGGGCCGCCAUGGCCUGCGCCUUUCUUCCUGCGGCAUCGAGCGACAGGCGACAGCGGCGCCAGCUGGCAGCGAGAGCGUGAGGGAGGGAGACAAUCUCUCUCUGAACUGA